ACUCAAGAAAGACAACUCUUUGAUGUAAACAAACCCGAUAACAGUACUUGAUGCACUUGAGAGUUCCAAGUUGAUAUAGGGUUGAGGGAAACAUGACAGAUUUACCGUUAGAAACUGGAGCAGUGAUAAGUUCUAUUCCAGGGAUGACAGCAUCCAGCACCUCUUCAGUCCUGUUGUCAACUAUAACAAACAUGGUUUCUCAUGCUUCAUCUCUGGUCAACAAUGCUACUGUCUCAAGUGAAUCCACUACAGCUUUCACCGGCAGUACUUCAGAGUCCCACAAUGCCUCCAUGCCCUGGAUUGCCAAUAACACACCUCACCCCCUGACUGGGAAGGAUCGCACAGUUUUGGUGACCCUGAUUGUGAUGGGAGUCAUUGUACCCUCUGUGUUUAUUUUUGUCAUUGUGUCCAUUUGUUACAGACAGAGAAGGAUGGUCCGAAAAAGGAGAGAGCAGAUGUUACUUCGGAACCAACAGGACUUUGCAAUGGACGAGUUGCCGUAUUCCAAACGGGGAACUCUGGCUUCCGGAAAGUUAUGACAACACAGCAUUUAACCAGAUAGAGAACACCUCAUUGUGGUGAUCAUAGGGAAUCCCCGAAAUUCAAGAUUUGUACUAGUCAUGAUGGUGUUCAAGUUUUUGUGGAAAGUGAUUUACGCAGAUCUGAUUGUUUGGAAAGGAAAUACUCGGUACUUCCAUCUUUUACAAAAUUGUAUUUGAAUUUUGUGAAUUUUUAAAAUCUAAAUUUAUCCGUCGUCAGUCUGUCUGUGUGUCUGUAGUAUACUUUGCUUGUUCUUAAGAAUAACCGGGUCAGUUUCCACAAGCUUACCACAAACCGUCUAUUAAUAUAACUAAAGUCAAGGAGAUUCAGGUUUUUCCUCUGGAAGGCCACACCCUCUUUUAAAAAAAAAAGGGGGGGGGGGUAAUUUGAAAGAAGAAGUGGUUGGAUCCCAAGAAGCACGAGGUCAGAACAGACAAAACUCUUGUAUAUAGUGUAGAUAGAAACUUGUUCAAAGUCUUUGGCCUGAAUAAGGAUCUCAAGUUUUACAUAGGAAUUUAUAACGAAAAACAUUUUUGAAGGUCUUUUCAAGGAUACAGUAUUUGUAAUAUGAAUUCAAUGAAGUACAAAUUGUAUAAAAGGGGCGCAAAGUUUGGUUUAGGAACACAUUGUACAUGUAUACACUACUUACGAGAGAUGUUCCGAUGUUCUCAUUCAUAUCAGCUGUUUUACAAGAAAUUACUCCAAAAAAGAAAUUCAUCAAAAAUGAUAUCUUUUGUGUAAUUAAGCUCCGUGAGCUAUAUCACAUCUCGAACUCACACUACUCUAAAUUUCAUUAGUUAUGCUGUGACUUCUCCGCUCAUCAGUUUAACACAUAUAUACAGGGUUUUCUGGAUGGUGAGGAUUGGGUCAUGAUAAGAUUCAAAUUACAAAGUUUUGCUUAGGAGCAAAAAAAAAAAAAAAAAAAAAAUAAAUUUUUUUUUUUGAAAAGUAUCAUAUAUGUACCUGUUUAAUUUCAAAUGUUUAAAAAAAAAUACUUUUGAAAAAUAAUGUUACAUUAGAAAAUAAGUGUGUAGAGUGCUGCAGAGAAAUAAAUAUCUCCAAUAGAGGUUUAUAUGGUGACUCAAGUGAGCGUUGGUGCACGUGGACCUUUGUCAAACUUUCUAAACUUUAAAGGUUUAUACUACAGAGCCUGGUUCGUUUAAAUGAUGGUAGUUACGAAAUAGGCAGUACUUAAUAAUACUGUUAGUGUACAUGUUAAUUAAACGCCAGAGAAUAUUAUGACGUUUCAGUAGUUGAAUUUUUCAUGACUUGAAGUUUGUGUCGAAGACAAACGUUUCCAUUGUAAUUCUCUCUGUCUCACUGUUGCUGAAUCAUAAUGAUCUGAAAGUUUGUACAAGACGCAUUAUAAAUAUUUUGACAGUCCAUGGGUUUCACCCAAAUGCAGAAUUUAUGUAAUGUUUAUACAUGUGCUUGAUUUUAGGGCGCGAUAUCUUGAGCGUUCUGGCAUUGUACACAUCGAUCAGACAAAGAUGGCGUAUGGAGUUUUGAUCAUGCAUCUUGAUCUGAUAAGUGUUUGCAUUGCAUGACAUUGAUUGAUGUAUUGAUAGAUUGAUUGUAACGUUGAUUCCAAAUCAAAUGUAGAUGCCAAAUAAUUUGUAAAGUGUAUCGUUUUCACUCCCUACCCUGUUGAUAGAAACGACAAAAUUCUAGCAAUGUAUCGAUUAGAUAUGCUCUCCAUAGCUUAUGUCGGUAGUCAUACUGUUGUAGGUGGUUUAUCUGAAGUUUUGAGACUUGAAUACAAUAAUUACAGUUUUUAAAAUCUCAUUUUCCAUGACAAAUAUGAUUUUUAUGUACAUGUUGUAAUAUUUCUUUUCAAUCUCAUUUUCCAUGACAAAUAUGAUAUUUAUGUACAUGUUGUAACAUUUCUUUUCAUGUCAGGCAUAUAUGAUAUCCAUUCGUAUCCGUUGUGUAUGGUCUCAUGCUCUCUAAAAUCACGAAUUUACAAUAUAAUGGAUUAUCCAAACAUAUCUUGUUCGCCCGGUUAAGCUGCAGCUGAUUAAAGUGCACUGAGUAUGCCAUGUGAUGUAUAAAUGUAAAAUAUUGUAUAAUUGCACUUGCCUUUCCUUGUAAAUGUUUGUGAAGGCAAUGUUGAUACGUAAUGAUAAGUAUCAUUUGUUUUACCGUUAGAAAACAGCGAAGUAACCAUUCUAAAGAUCAAAACUUGCAUACUAGUGAUUCAUAUAUCAGCGGUAGCUGUCUAUAUUGUGAUUAUUAAAUUAAACUGGGAGACAUGUUGAGGUUGUGGACCAAAUUAAUAACAUUUACUAACUUAUCAAAUAUCCUUUUUUUUUUUUCAAAGAAAAAGAAAGGUAAUUUAUUUGAUAUUGUUGUGUAUGGGCGUUCUCAAGAACGUUAUGCUUGUAUAGUGAAUUAUAAACUUUGAUGAAAUGCAUAUCAGCAUACUUUAAUUUUUUUCGUAUCAUAUUGUUAAGUUUAUUGACUAUUUUUGUUGAAUGAAGUAAGUUACUUUUAUCCUCAAUUUAUACAAAUGGAUAUUCAGUGUUGGUUUCAAAAAAUAUAUUUUGUGUAAACUUUGAUGUGCCUAAAUAAAGUUAAAUGUGUUCAUAAAUGUU